AUGCCUCAGCCAUUGAGCUCCAAAGAUGGCUCAUUAUUCCGCCAGGUGGUGCGGCAUUGUGAAAACAAACAAUAUAAAAAAGGCCUCAAGGCUGCUGAACAGAUCCUCCGCAAAAACCCCAACCAUGGAGACACCCAGGCGAUGAAAGCACUGAUGCUCAGCUAUCAAGGCCAGCAGGAAGAAGCAUUUACGUUAGCCAAAACCGCCCUCAAGAACGACAUGCAGUCUCAUAUCUGUUGGCACGUUUUCGGCCUCCUCUAUCGCGCCGAGAAGAACUACGAUGAGGCGAUCAAAGCGUAUCGAUUUGCUCUGAAACUCGAGCCAGAAUCCCAACCGAUCCAGAGAGAUUUGGCAUUUCUUCAAGCACAGAUCAGAGACUUUCCAGGCUAUGUGCAGAGCCGGACCGCGAUGCUACAGCAGAAGCCCGCGUUUCGUCAGAAUUGGACUGCGUUGGCGAUCGCGUACCACCUUGCAGGCAAUCUAAGUGAGGCGGAGCACGUUUUGUCCACCUACGAGGAAACGUUGAAGACCCCACCACCGAGGACCGAUAUGGAUCACUCGGAAGCUAUUCUAUAUAAAAACUCGAUAAUCGCGGAAUCCGGAAAUAUCGAGAAGGCGCUUCAACACCUCGAUGAGGUUGGCAAUCAAUGCUUUGAUGUGCUAGCUGUGAUGGAAAUGCGGGCGGACUAUUUGCUGAAAUUGGGCAGACACGAUGAGGCGGUAGCUGCAUACGAAGCGCUUCUCGAACGAAAUCACGAAAACUCGCACUACUACGAUGCCCUAAUACAAGCAAAGAAGAUUGACAUGAAUGACCAUGCAGCUUUGAAAGCAGUUUAUGAUUCCUGGGUCGAAAAAUUCCCGCGCUGUGACGCCCCCCGACGCAUCCCCUUGGAGUUUCUCGAAGGAAAUGACUUCCGCCAAGCGGCAGAUACUUAUCUCCAACGAAUGUUGCGGAAGGCCAUCCCAUCUACUUUUGCAAACGUGAAGUCGUUAUAUACCAACACUUCAAAGCGCGACAUCAUUCAAGAGCUUGUGGAGGGAUACGUUGGUGACUUCAGCGGCCAAGUUAAUGGUUCUGCUGAAAAACAAAUCAACGGGGACAAUGCGACCUUUGAAAGUUCUGUAUACUAUUUCCUCGCCCAGCACUAUAACUACCACCUUAGCCGUGACCUGGAAAAGGCUAUGGCGUUCAUCGAAAAGGCAAUCGAGUUAUCCCCUAAAUUCGUUGACUACCACAUGACCAAGGCCAGGAUAUGGAAACAUUAUGGCAACAUCCCUAAAGCUGCAGAGAUCAUGGACCUGGCACGGUCCCUGGAUGAAAAGGAUCGGCAUAUCAACACCAAGGCGGCCAAAUACCAACUUCGCAACGACGAAAACGACAAGGCUCUUAACACAAUGAGCAAAUUUACACGCAACGAAGGGAUCGGGGGCCCGCUUGGGGACCUACUUGAAAUGCAAUGCGUUUGGUAUUUGACUGAAGACGCCGAAUCCUACCUCCGCCAGCGGAAAAUCGGGCUUGCUCUCAAACGAUUCCAUUCAGUUUAUAAUAUUUUUGAGAUUUGGCAGGAGGAUCAGUUUGAUUUUCACGGUUUUUCUUUGCGUAAGGGUAUGAUCAGAGCGUAUGUUGAUAUGAUCCGGUGGGAGGACCGGUUGCGGUCACAUCCAUACUACACGCGAGCAGCCCUCGGCGCAAUCAAAACCUACAUUCUAUUAAACGACGAGCCCGAUCUUUGCCACGGCCCAAUUCCCGCCGGAACCAUCGGCCCCGAUGGAGAGUUGGACAAUCCUGAGCGAAAGAAAGCUAUCAAGAAGGCCAAGAAGGAACAGCAAAGACUGGAAAAAGCAGAGGCUGAUAGGAUCAAGGCCAAGAAAGCUGCCCUCACAGGCGGCGGUGGCGACGCCAGGAAAGACGAUAGCGAUCCGCUAGGAGUCAGUCUUGCGCACACUUCCGAGCCAAUGAAGGAAGCGACCAAGUUUUUGGCCCCGUUGCUGGAGCUGUCGCCCAACAAUAUUGACGUACAAACCGCCGGAUUUGAAGUUUACAUUCGAAGAAAGAAAUAUCUUCUCGCUCUCAAGUGCCUUCUUGCUGCCCAUGCCAUUGACCCCUCCAAUCCUACAUUGCACGUACAACUCGCUCGAUUCCGCAGAACCCUCAACGAACUCGCAGAGCCUCUCCCGUCAGAAGUGCAGGAAAUCUUGACAACCGAAUUCGAAUCCAUUCUUUCUAAAUCUCAAGACCUUACGGCGUGGAACGAUAGCUACCUAACGGCAAACAGCUCUAGCUUUCCACACGUGCAGGCUGCCCUCACAGUCCGCCGACUACUGGUCCCUGACGAGAAGGCUCAGACGGAAACGGAUCUCGUGUCGUCACUCGAUCUACAGACGGCAUCAAUAGAAUCCGCACUCGCUGGUCUUAGCCUUCUUGAUGACUGGCGCAGCGGCUCCGAGGCAAAAGCGUCAUACGUGGAUCACGCCCGGAACAGAUGGAAGGAAGCUUCUGGCUUCCAGCAGGCAUAA